AGCGCACGAGGGUAGUUUUGUAAAUAAUAAUUCAGCUUAGCUAUCAAUCUUAACACUUGACAGAAUAUUUGGAAAUUUCAAUGUCUAAAAAGAAAAGUUCUGGAACCGGUUUUGUCUUCGAUGAUGACACAUCAGAUUCGGAUGAUGAAAUCGACGCUUUCAGGUCAACAGUGAAAAAGAUUUCUGGCAAAAAUUCUCAAAUCUCUGAAGAUCUAAAUCCAGAAGAUGAUGAACUGGAAGAGUCGGACGAAGAUGAUGAUUUUGAAGAAUCCGAUGAUGAGGAAGGGAAUGAAAAGUUGAUAAAAGAUGAUUCUGUGAUAAAAUCUAAAUUGACAACUCUGGGUUUAAUGUUAAACAACAUUAAAGCUCAGGAAAGUGAUGAAGAGGAAGAAAGUGAAGAAGAAGAUGAUGAUGAUGAUACCGAUGCGAGUGAUGGGGGAGAGGAGAAUGGCGAUAAUAAAGCCGAUACUGCACAAGAUGAAAAUGAUGAUAAAGAAGAACAAACUGAUGAUUCUGAAGAUGUAGAAACAAAUGAUGAAUCAGAUGAUGAAUCAAAGAAGAAUAUUAAAAUAAAAACCCAGAAAUCCGUGAAAAGAGCCGCAGUAGAUGAUAAACGGAAUACUAAGCGCGUGAAGGUUCUCACAGAAGAAGAAGAACGUGAAAAAUACAGAAAUAAAUUGUCAAAACUCUCAGUUGAGGAAAUCCUCUCAAUACAGAAUAGUUUGGGAAGUAAAGUGUUCAAUGAUCGUUGGGAGGGAGGAAAGAAAAAGACGAAAAUAGAUCAGAAAAAAUCUGAGUUUAAACGAGAGAAUAAGAACAGACCCAGAGAAAUUUCAUCAAAGAUUCGAGUUCCUAAGCUAGUAAAAGUUGUCCAGGCGAGUAAGGAGGAAAAAAGAGAUCCUAGGUUUGACCCUCUGUGUGGAGAAUUCGAUAAAGCCAGUUUUAGGAAAUCUUACCAGUUCUUAAAUAAAGUUAAAGAAAAUGAACUUAACAUUUUGAAGACACAACUAAAGAACGCUCAGGGAGAGGAGCGUAGUAAGCUCAAAUACCUGAUUCAACGAACUGAGAACCAACUUCGGUCGGAGAACCAACGAAUCGUGAAGGAGACGGAGGAAGGAGUUGUCCGACAAGAACACAAGGCUGCUCUAACCAGAGGAGAAAAACCAGUUUUCAAAUCAAAGAAAACUCAACGCGAAGAGGAGAUUGUAAAAUCUUACGAGGAGUUGAAGGAGAAGGGAAAAUUAGAUAAUUUCAUCAGGAAGAAGAAUAAAAAGAAUACGUCGAAGGAUAGAAAAAAUUUGGGGAAAGCUUACGACAAAUCCUAGUUCAAGUUAUAUGCUAUAAAUAUUUAUUUCAGA